AUGGGGAGAGGGAAGAUAGAGAUAAAGAGGAUAGAGAACUCAAGCAACAGACAGGUGACCUACUCCAAGCGAAGGAAUGGGAUCAUGAAGAAGGCUAGGGAGAUCACUGUUCUGUGUGAUGCUCAGGUUUCUCUUGUCAUCUUCGCCAGCUCCGGCAAGAUGCAUGAGUACCGCAGCCCUUCUACCACAUUGAUUGAUAUAUUGGAUAGAUAUCAGAGGCAGUCUGGGAAGAGGCUGUGGGAUGCUAGGCAUCAGAGUCUCAGCAAUGAACUUGACAGAAUCAAGAAGGAGAAUGACAGGAUGCAGAUUGAGCUUAGGCAUCUGAAAGGGGAGGACAUCACAUCUUUGAACCACAAGGACCUUGAUGAUAUAGAGAAAGCCCUCGAAAAUGGCCUCACCAACAUUCGUGCCAAACAGAUGGAAUUGUACAACAUUGCCAAGAAACACGAGAAAACGGUGGAGGAUGAGAACAAGGAACUUCUAAUUGAUUUCGUGCCUGUAGCCCUUAGCAACAAGUCUUACUCUGUAUCUCUGGACUUCUCCUCAAGCAUUCUUCUUGGUCUUGUAGAUCCAUUUCACACCAAUGGUCUUAUGGGCCUACGUGAGAUUUGUCAGCUCCCAAGUCUUGUUCUUCUUGAUGGAUUGAAUCUCCUUAUCCAUUGCUUUUCUCCAUUUUUCUUCUUUGUUAGCCUCCUCAAAACUAAUCAGCAUCUAAGGGAGAUGACCAUGGAUCGAAAUACAAGAUUAAUGAGAGAGUUGCAAAUAGACAGUGGAUAUCAUCAAGCAGCGGAGGACUACAAUCCUUAUCAGAUGCCUUUUCCCCACGUGCUGCCCUUCCAACCAAAUUUACAAGAAAGAAUGUAG